AUGGCAUGCAGUAUCCUUGAUCCCAAGAUAUCCUUCUUCCCAAAGGCAGACGGGACAAUCCUGCGAUCAAAACAUGUUGCACCGCCACCACUUUCACGCCCACAGACCGUUGGCCCGAUCUUAGAUCGGGACAAUGUCGAUCGACCGAUCCAGGCCUGGUCGUCGAGCGUCAAAUCAACAUUUUACCCUAACACAGAGGCUAAUGAACCCUCUGUGGUUCCGGAGAAGCCGCCUGAUUUUGCGGAAAGAUAUGUACGCGCUUUUUUGGCGGAGCAUGAGAGGCUGAGGCUUUCGGUGCUUUGGUAUUAUACUCGUGAUGUGCUGCUAGAAGACGAGUUUUUGGCUGGGUUGCAGGAGAAAGCACAGUUGGCGCAGGAAUCGACGGGUUGGGAGUUUGCGGUUAUUGGCAUUUUGGAUGUGGAUGUUUAUGUGAGGUUGGCUACUGUUGGACUUGAGUUGGGGAUUUUGCCAAGGGGGGAGACGCUUUGUGCGCAUACGGUUACUCAACCUCCAGGUGAUGUGUUUCUCUUGCCAAGUCUUAUGGAAGACUGGAGGUUUCAACAAUGCCCCUAUCUCGAGAGUGGUGGGCUCUAUGCGUAUGCUGGGGUACCGCUUCGCUUGAAAACAGAGUCCGGGCACACUGUUGGUCUUGGAUCACUUUGUGUGGCUUCGAGUAAGAGCGAGGAACCAUUGACGAAAGCACAGCAUCAGGCGCUUGUUCGUCUGGCUGAUUGGGUUGUUUCGGAUCUCGUGCAAUGUACGAGAGCGAGGCGGCAGCGAGAAAGACAUCGGAUGUCUGAGCUUCUUGCUAAAGCGCAGAAGGAGACUAAUCAGGCCGUGGCUAUGGAGCCAGUUCUCGAGAUUUUGAAGACUAUCUACCCCGAUGCGAUAAUUCGUCUACAACCAUCUAGAGCAACGCAUGUCGAGUUUGAGGGAUGCGAUCCGAUUCCGGUCUCUGAGCUUAGAGAUGGUCUCUGGGAAGACGUGCAAUACCUCGAUGACUUUAUUACGAAUUCGAAUCACCUCCCCACACCGACGAAUAAACCAGUGCGCAUCGUCGCUUCGCCAUGCGAAAGUAUAUCAGGAUCAUCUCUACUGAUAGUUGCAACAAAAGACUUCCACCUCGUCUUCGACGACGCAGAUGCAUGGUUCAUUCAAGCCUGCGCAGACCUCAUCUCCCAAAUGUGGCGCCAAAGUCUUCUCGCAGAAGCAAUGAUAGCCAAAGAGAAAUUCCUCCGCGCAUUCUCGCAUCACUACGAACUCCAAUCCACGGCAUCCUGGGUUCCGUGGAACUUCUAG